CGCAUUGCAAGCGGGAAGUGUGUUACUCUUUCCUCCAGCUCUAGGUUGACCUUCCGCAACACGGUAGACACCAAUACCAAUGGAAACAGUGUCUCCCUGUACUGUCGCCUUCCAAUUUCUUGAAGACAACGAAGUGAAGCCGAUCAGCGAGUAUUUACCACCCGGUAGUGCCUCAUCCUACGUACCUGCGCGGAAGAUCAGAGCAUUAUUUGGCAACAACAUUGAUGGGCUCACGCUCGAAAAGAUCUUUCUUUGUCCAUGCACGCAAUGUAAGAAAGAUGGAGGUCCAGAGCAGGAACGCGAGACGCACUUCAAUAAACUUAGAGAGGAGGAGCUACGAGGCGACUAUGCCCUCAUAUAUGCACUACUAAUCUACAUUCACCGACCAGGGCUCAUUCGAAAGUUCCAGCUCUAUGAGAGAAAGCUGCAAGGAACCGAGUACUUGAACGAGGCCAGCUUCGAGGUGUUCCAUCGGGAACAGAUCGAUCGGUUUCAUACGAUGAAAAGACAAGUCUUAGACACUCAGUACAAAUUCCUCGUUCGGAAACUCACAACGCACUCUGACAUUACGACCAUUUCGAAAAAGGAACUGCUACCGAUUAAGGAAGAUACAAAGCCCAAGGGGGAGGGUUCGUUCGCAGAAGUCCGGUGUUUCGAAUUUCAAGACGAUGAAUAUCGAUGUCGUAAUUUUGGAGAAAACGUUAGGAGAUUUGCCCGGAAGCUCUUCAAGCAGGGUUUGGUCGUGUCCGCCGCGAAGGAGUGGAACAACCUGCAGAAUCUCUCGAAGGGAGAGAAUCAUGCAAAUCUAAUGGUAGCACUAGGUGCAUACUGGCACGGUAAUCAAUUCUUCAUCUUGCAAGAGGAGGCAGAUUUUUCCCUCCACGAUUAUCUCUUUAGGGGAGAAGGUGCUGAAUUUGAGUCUGAAGAGCUAUGGAAGCAGAUCAAGGGAGUUGCGGACGGCCUGGCCACGCUACACAGGCUUUACGAAGGAACCAGGAUCGCGUAUCAUCAAGAUCUGAAACCUGCAAACAUUCUGAUCGUGAAGGGAAUCUUUAAGAUUGCAGACUUUGGUUUGCUCGAAUUCAAGCCAGUCACGUUGCCUGGCGAUACUAGCUCAACAGGUAUCCCGAACGCCCACAACACCGGCUACUAUGCUGCUCCUCGGCAAGGCAAAUAUACUCGCGACUCGGAUGUAUGGUCACUGGGUUGCAUCAUUUCUGAACUGGCAACCUGCGAUAUCCGAGGUCGAGACGGGGUCAACCAAUACAAAGAAGCUCGCGUUGUCGACGGUGUCUCAGGCAGGAGAGACAUUCCACGCUUCUAUAGUGGGCAAGUUAUUAAGAAUGCAGUACUUAAUCAGCACAAGACUCUGAACGAGUACAUGCAAUCGCGAGCACCGACCAACAUGGACUCCAGAUCUGAGCAGUUCCAAAGAAAAUUCUUCACACAGGAUUUCUUUGCCCUCUUGAACAGCAUGUUCAAAUGUGGGCCAGGAUAUACAGCGCCGAGCGAGGUUGCCGUUCCAGAUGCCGGCCAUGUUGCUGAAACGAUCAAGCGGCUGCGCGAGGAGGCAGUCCCAGCAUCGGAGCUGGAAACUCGGAUCGAAGAACUCAACUUAGCCCAACAUCUGCCGGACCUCAUAUCAAUGAACUCCUCGUUGAUGAAACAGCUCGAAAAGUUUAAGCAGGUUCUGACCCGGAGAAACAUUUCAAAUUUCGCCACGACUCGGCUAGUCCAUCUAAAACAGUCUACCAUCAAUCUUCAGGGAAAGCAAAAGGCAGAAAGGCGGCAAAAGGGCCUCAAGAGAAUCAAACCGUUUCUCGAUAACUCUGGACACUUUAUGGAAGCCAUCAAGACGCUUCCUGAUUCCAAAGAGCUGAUGGGGUUUAUUUGGGUAGGUCGGCACCAGUUCGAUCGCUUCCACGUUGACAUAAAGCUAGGGCCCUGCCAAAUUCCUGCUCGAAGUAUGUCAUAUCCGGAGUCGCCCUGGUUGUAGCUGAAUGUAUAAUAUAGGAAACAGAUCAUCGUGAAGAGGCUUUCAGAGACCUUCUUGACAUCUAUGGCCAAGUCGGAAGGAGUCUACCUUCGUUGUCAAUGUUUCAAGCGCUGUUCAGCAUUGACCCCGAGCUGGCAUGGACGAUCUCUACGACGUAUCACGAUAUGAUUCAAAUAAAUACAUGGCUUAUGAUCUAUUUCCAGCAGCAUCUCUGGGGGGAGUUGUUUACAACGACCUGGAGGCGACAUAAAGCAAGAUUUCAAAGUAUCAUAGAUCGCAUGCAAUCUCGCU